AGAAUGAAUAUUGCGAUAUCACAGCGUGUGUGUUUGUAGUCACCCCAUACAAGUUCGAAUACCGUUUUACAAUGUCACGCUAUCCACCUUGUACUCUACAUAAGCUCGAGAUAAAAAAAUGUGAAAAUAUAUUAAUCAAAGGGAUUUCUGAACAACUUCCUUAAAUGGAGUAGGGAUGGGUCUCGCCUCCCCUGCGAAUUAACUAGAGUCCUGAUUUUCUUCAUUAUCAUAAUUACAGCCUACUUAUUGCGUAAUGUGUUUAUAUAUAGGCCUACACCGGUAUAUCUUCGCCGAUAUCAUUUUGUCAAAUACAAAACUCAUUGCGUGACUCGGGUGAUUUCAUACAUUCACUACAGGAGAGGUGCUGCUAUAAGGUUUUAAAAAUGGUCUCGCAAUCCCUUUACUUUUAUCUCGCCAUCAUCAUCGUUGUUGUGCCAGCUGGAAAUGCUGACGUGACCGAUGAUGACGAGCGACUGGUUGUCCAGACUUCGACGGCUACUUUCCGCGGUAAACGAAUCGAAGUCAAUCCCUAUCUUCUACCCGACUUCCAUGGGAGUGCAGCGGCAUACACCCGCAUCCCCUAUGCUCAACCACCCGUUGACGAGUUACGCUUUCGUCGCCCCGUGCCGAUGGUCAUCGAAGGCGAGUUCGAUGCAACACGGGUUUCAGUGGCCUGUGCUCAGGCUAUUCAACCACCUUUUGUUAUAGACAUGGAAAGUUCGGAAGAUUGUCUUACUGUUGAUGUCUUUGUUCCUGAACCCAAGCCAUCGUCUGCUGCUGUAAUGGUGUGGAUCCAUGGAGGAGGAUAUAGUGUGGGAGCUGGUUCGAUCCCAGGUUCUAUACCAGUACCGUUGGCAGUCAUGAAUGACGUCAUAGUAGUUACAGUCAAUUAUCGUCUCAACAUCUUCGGUUUCAUCUCUUUGGGAGAAGAUGACGUGAGCGAAGCUAACGUAGGAAUGCUAGAUCAGCGACAGGCCUUGGUUUGGGUCCAGGAAAAUAUCGCAGCAUUCGGUGGAGAUCCCAGCAGAGUAACAAUCUUCGGAGAAAGCGCUGGUGGGAUGAGUGUAAGUUUUCACGUCCUAUCACCAAUGAGCAAAGGUCUUUUCUCAGGAGCUAUCUUUCAGAGCGGUGUAAUGACAUCUCAGUGGUCCUAUUCAACGGAGGCUGAGGGUGAAGAAACUGUUUUCUUGUAUGGACGAGCCCUGAACUGCUCUCAAGAGAAUUACAAGGAACUCAUUCAAUGUCUUCGAGAAAUUCCAGCUGAUGCUAUUGUCGCUUUCGUAGCAACGAAUCCAAUGGAAAUGUACACCAACCCACCUCGACCUGUUGUCGAUGGUGUGUUCAUACCACGUGACCCAAGAGAGAUGUACGCUGCAGGGGAGGUAAACCAAGUAACAGUCAUGACUGGAUGUCUAUCAGAAGAAGGAAACAUGUUUAUCAUGCCUCCAGAUUUGGGACUAGAGAACCCCGAGCGACCCGUCUUCAACAGGACAGCUUUUGAAGGACUCAUUUCGAUGUUUAUGAAAAACAAUGAUGAGCUAUUGAUGGAUACAGCCACCAUGGUUUACAUGAAACCUGAAGAGGUACGGUAUAGUGAUUGAUAUGACUGCGUAAUUAUGGACAGUGAGGUGUCGGCGAGUGUGUGUUGGAUGGGUGAGUGAGUUAAUGUGGGGUCGUAUACGAGUGCGUGUGUGUAUGCGCUGUACGUGACCGAGUGGUCUAAGCAGUGGCGUACCUGGCAUAUUUCGUCAGGGGGGGGGGGGGGGGGGCAAGCAACAAGGAUGAGCAUGGUGGGGGGGGGGGGGGUAGUAGGCAUGGAUGUAUAGGCACAAUUUUUUCAAGGGGGGCUGAUAAUUAUUGCCCAAAUAUCAACUUCACAGUUUUUAAUUUUCGAGCGAAGCGAGCGAACAUUUUUUUCCCAAUUAUUAUUUAGCCUUUUUACAUGAUGUGAAACGUGCAGAAAUUAUACAUUCAGUCAUAAAAUUACCAAUACAUGAGGAUAUUUGGGCACCUACACGUUUGGAUGUGUAGGUCUGGAAGUGGCACUGAAGGUGGGAAAGGUUACCCAGGGGGUGCCCAAUAAAACAGUUGGGAUUUUGCUACUACUGAUAUUUGCUAUCGGGCGAUUGCACUUUAUUGUCGAAAUUAAUUCUUUUUGGUAUAUCAUUCCAGAAAUGAUAUGUAUUGGAUCGUGAUCGAUAUAUUUCUAAUCAAGUGGUAAAUGCAAUGUUUAUAUUAAAAUACUUAUUUUAUUCCUCCUUGAAAGUGUUUACAUUAUGUUCCCAAUUCUGCUCAUUUGGAGACGUUGUAAAAGAGUUAUUUGACAGUUGUAUUCAUAUAUUGUCUUGCAUUUGUUUUAUUUCCAUAUACACAGUUUAAAAAAUGCAUCCAUUCACUCAUAAAAAAUAAAUAUGAACGUGAAAAUAUAUGCGACAGUAACACGAUAUAUCACUAGAUAUGGGGAAAAUCACUCACUGGCAGGAAUGUCAGAAGGUUGAGGGAGUUGAAAGUGGAGAAGAUAGAUAGGCGGACGAAGGGAUUGGAUACAUAGGAUAGAAAGGGGGGAUGGUAAUAACCAGAGGAAUGUGUAAGCAGGGGUAUAGCUAGGCCUUUUCCAGUGGGGGGUGGAGGACCUUGAUUACCGACAGAUAUCAGUACCGAUUACCGACGUCCGACGACCAUUACUCAUCUAUAUCCAACCCAGGGGCAGAUCCAUGAUUUUCAAGGGGGACAUUUUUGUUUUCAAGAAAAUUGACAAGCCCCACCCCCAAAAAGUCUUCACUUUCACUGGCACGUGCCUAACAAUUUAC